AAGCACAUGGUGUCACAGAAGCAGACUUGAUAAGAUCUGUUUGAACAGGAACAUCAACUUCUCAGCUCUGACGGGCUCAGACGUCACCCGGGACGUCCCGCGGGGUGACGCGUGGAGCCCCCCCCCUCACACACACACACGCUGCCCCCCUGCAGCUCGCACACGUGACACGGUUUGUUUCUGAGGGCUUCACGUCCAGCAGCCUGCUUUGAUCCUCUUCACGUUGUGGUUUUCCUGGCACGUCCCGCAGACGGCAGGUGGGCGGUGUGAGCGGCACACUUCAGCUCAGGAAGUGAAGGAGGUGCCGCAGACAGGACGCUGUUUGUAGUGCGGACUUUAUGACAGGCUGCGGACUGUGGGAAAGUCUCAAGUGUGACAUGUCCACGCACACGGAGCCCCUCCCGGACCUAUAAGUACCGCGGUGGACACUGGUUUUCCUCGGACUCCCGUGUGACUGAAGACUGUGAGAUGGCUCCCGUGACUCAGAGCAGACCUGAAGCCAAAGCUGCGGAGCACAGCAGCUCCAACAAGCUGCGGAAACUCAUGGUGGAGAAGGUGCGGCGGGACCGGAUCAACCACAGCAUCGAGCGGCUCAGGGCGCUCCUGACCCGCGCGGAGCCGAGCGGCGGGCAGCCCCCCUGCAGGCUGGAGAAGGCCGACAUCCUGGAGCUGGCUGCGGGCCUCCUGAGGCAGCGGGCCCUGGUCCGCGUCGCCCCCAGUUACUCCCAGGGCUUCUCCCAGUGUCUGCAGGAGACCCUGCGCCACCUGUCGCUGCACGCCCCCCUGCGGCCCGCGGAGAUGGAGGAAAUCAAACGCUUCUACGUGCUGCAGAGAGCCGCCCUGCAGAGGCACGUGUCCGGGGAGCAGAGCCGGCGGAGCGCGGCCCGGAAGCGCUCAGCCUCCCGCUCAUCGGCGCGGUGUCACGGCUCGCUGUGGAGGCCGUGGUGACCCUACACGGACACGCCCACAGACUGAGUGUGUGUGUUUUGCUGUGCAACAUUUGCACGUUUACACGCUUGUUUCAGUUUAUCUACAGUGUAGAAAAACCGCAGAGCUCAGGCCGGAUGUUGCCUUCUGUGAAGGCGUGAGGGCGGCCUGAAACACCUGCAUGACGUCAUUCCAGCUGUUCACUGACUGGUCUUUUCCCCCUCUGACGUGCCCGUUUGAAACACGUUUACUGCGGCUUCUCUGUGUCAUGUCGUUGAUGUGUUUCAGAAGAGCAAAUCGUAUUUAUCACAGUUACAAAGUGCUUAACGACCAGACAUCACACGCCACACCUGACAGGUAACAAAACAAACGUUCACUAUGGAGGACACGCAGGGCGUGAGUACUCCCUCGAGAAGUACCCAGAUCAUGUACUUGUACUUAAUUGCCACAGUGUAGAAGUAUUGUGUUACAAGGAAAAGUCAUGCAUUUUAAUUAAAAUACUAAAAGUAAAAGUACUCACUAUGCAGAAUAAUGUGUAUUAUUGGCUUGUACUGACUGAUGCAUUUAUGUGUUCAUCACUUUAAUGUUGAAAAUGGUUUAACUACAUACAGCUUAUCUUCUGGUGAUGGUUGCGAUGCUGAUCAAUAAAGUUUUAUUUUGUCAG